CUUAGGAAACGAAGACCCAAGUACAGAAAAAAGCCUUACAAUUCUAGAAGUUUUUCCCCGUCUCUCCAAAUUCCACUAUCCAUCACCAUCACGCAAGCACAAGCACAACACAACGUGUAGUAGUAGCAGUAACACCAACUGUUAGUAAUGUAGUAUAUGGAGUAAAUUAAACCUCAACAACUCAAGGGUUUCGCCAAAGAAUCCAACAAUUUUGAACUCCGAAUUGAGCGAAAUCUGAAUUAUGAAGAAGCCAUUGUUUAAUCAAAGUGACAUAAACUGGACACUUUCUUCUACCAUUCGCGUAGCAGUUACUGGCAUUGCGGCCAUAAUUGGUAUCAUAGUAGCUCUAAAAGAUAACAAAUCAGAUAAACGAAUUAGGUCAUUAGGAUUAGGUUUAGGUAGAGAAGAUAACGCCUCCAUCAAAUCGCUAUUAGUUCCCGGCUUGCAAAACCUCGAAAACAAUUGUUUCCUCAACGUCGUUUUGCAGGCUCUUGCUAGCUGUUGUUGUUUUCAGAGUUUUCUUGAUAAUGUCAUUACGGAAUUCGGGAGUGAUGAACUCGUUGAUGACACGCCUCUUGUGUUUUCUUUGGCUUCUUUAAUACAAGAGCUGAGCUCAGUUAGUACUGAAAAGGUUAUAUUGAGUCCGCGAAAGGUGAUGCAUGCUAUGUCCAGCUAUAUUCCAAAUUUUGAUCUGACAAGCCAGCAGGAUGCUGCUGAAGCGUUUAAUCACCUGUUGUGCUCUUUGAGAGAAGAAUGUGGAGGUUGUUAUGCACCAAAGAUAAGUUCUUUAGCAGACAUUUGUGCUUCUAAUAAUAGAAUUAUUACUCCAAUACAGACGGAGUGGCCGAGUGAGCAGGAAAGAUGGCAGCGCCUCUUCCUUGGACCCAUCAAUGGGAUUCUUAGUAGCAGCUUAACUUGUCAAAGCUGUUCCUCCCAGAUCUCAAAUAACUUUGAACAUUUUGAUUGUUUGCCCCUUUCACCUGUCCUUUGUGAUAGUUUCACAAUAAGAGUUGGUUGUACACUGGCGGAUUGUCUGAAGCAGUUCACUGUUGCUGAACACAUCGAAAACUAUCGCUGCAACCACUGUUGGCACAAUGCUGCAAUCAAGUAUCUUUCCUUGAUGGAAGGAAACAAGGUAGAACUUGGAAAACUUAGGCAAUGUUCUGACCAAGAAUUCUGUAAUUGCCGUAAAAUUUACAAUCUUGAAAAACUACCUUGGUCAAAUAGGUUUUCACAUGCUUUGAAGCAGCUAAGUAUUGCUCGGUGUCCAAGGAUUUUAUGCCUCCAGCUGAAAAGAGUUCAUAUGAAUGAUGUUGGACAGUCAUUCAAACUGCAGGGCCAUAUUUCGUUUCCAUUGAUUUUGGAUGUUUCGUCAUUCAUUACAACUAGACUGGGAGUGAAGAUACAGGAAGUAGAUGUACAAAGUUUGCCAUUAAACUCUUUGCCAAACCAUAUCAAUCUGCAUUUUGAUAUAAGAAUGAAAUCUAGUGGCAUUUAUGGAGAAGCAAGAGAGCAGAUUGAUGCAGAUUCUCCCGUUAACAACACAUGUAUCUCCUCUACUAAUAGAGAGUCACUUAAUGAAUUUCCAUGUUCUAGCUCUUCAGAAAGCAUUCACACAAACACACAGUCGCAAUCCAUUGACAAGGUGGAUGUUUCUUGUAAUUCAGUUUCUCAAGAUAUAUGUUUAUAUCAACUUGUUUCUGUUGUGGAACACUUUGGAAGAGCUGGAGGAGGACAUUACACUGUUUACAGAUGUGUGAGAAGCAGGUCAGAGUCCUCAGAUGUCUCUGGUGAUUGCUUCAAUCAACAUUCAAUGCGCUGGUUUUGUGUUUCAGACUCUCAAGUGUAUGCUGUUUCAGUGGAAGAUGUUCUUUCUGCUGAGGCCAGCUUGCUUUUCUAUGAGCGAAUUCCAAAUAACUGAGAAAAAAAAAUGAAAGCUCUCUUGUCUUGUUUUGGGAAGUUCUGGGUUAGGGAGAUGCAUUAAUUGAUUUAUAUGUUCCUAGUUAGAGGAGUCUAUAGGAAUUGUUCAAAACGUUAGGCAUGAUUCAAUACCUCAAAGAAAAGAAAAAGUUAAGCGUGAGCUUUUGAGAAGGUAUUACAUGAAUUUGUGAUCAUGAUACCCUGGCCCAGUUAAUCUUGUCUCUAUAAUCAUUUUUAUUUCUGCUCAAA